CCGGGCUGGGGCGGCGGUGGGCGCUGAGACCUCGGCCCGGAUGGAAAGUGGGGGCGAUGCCAGAGCAGUACCUCGGCGGGGCAGCAGAGGCGGCGGCCGUGGCGGGGUUCCAGCGGCUACCGAGCCCGGCGCUCGCCCGGCUGCAGAGACCGGUGUGAACAUGGAUGGGCCCGGCGGCGGGGGGAGAGGGACAGCCGCGGACACGGACGCCGCUGCGGCACCGGCAGCCUCCGGGGCCCCUACCCCCCCGCUCCGGGGCCCCGGCUCCAGGGACCCCAAGCUGGUCCAUCAGCGGUUCCUGCGGAGGAGCGUGGUGGACUCGGACCAGGAGGAGCCCGCCUUCGACCUGCCCGAGGCGGAGCACCAGCGGAGAAUCAUCCUGCUCCCCAAAACCAGGAGGAUAAUCGCGGAGCGGGCGAAGGCGGGGCAGGGAGCGGCGGAGGCACCGGGCCGGGAGGCCGAAUGCUCCGGGGAGCCACGGGCCGCGCCAGCCGCGGGCAGCGCCGCGGGCGCCGAGGAGCAGAAGGAGCCAGGCAAGGAUGCGGAGCGGAGAGAGGCGCAGGAUGCUUCCAAGGACCAGGGCAAGGCUAAGAAAGAAGAGCCCGAGGAGGAGGCUGACAUGAAAGCGGUUGCCACCUCGCCGGAUGGCAGGUUCCUAAAGUUUGAUAUUGAACUCGGGCGGGGAUCCUUCAAAACGGUCUACAAGGGUCUGGACACGGAGACGUGGGUGGAAGUCGCGUGGUGCGAACUGCAGGACAGAAAACUCACAAAAGUAGAGAGGCAGAGAUUUAAAGAGGAAGCAGAAAUGUUGAAAGGUCUACAGCACCCAAAUAUCGUGAGGUUUUAUGACUUCUGGGAAUCCUGUGCAAAAGGCAAAAGAUGCAUCGUGCUGGUUACCGAGCUGAUGACCUCUGGAACGCUGAAGACGUAUCUGAAGAGAUUUAAAGUGAUGAAACCUAAAGUGCUGCGGAGUUGGUGUCGGCAAAUCCUGAAGGGUCUUCUUUUCUUGCACACAAGAACUCCGCCAAUAAUUCACAGAGACUUGAAAUGUGAUAAUAUUUUUAUUACUGGACCAACUGGAUCUGUGAAAAUAGGAGACUUGGGUCUGGCAACACUCAAGAGAGCUUCAUUUGCCAAAAGUGUCAUAGGCACACCAGAAUUCAUGGCCCCCGAAAUGUAUGAGGAACACUACGAUGAAUCUGUGGAUGUCUACGCGUUUGGAAUGUGCAUGCUGGAAAUGGCUACCUCAGAAUACCCUUACUCAGAAUGCCAGAAUGCUGCUCAAAUCUACCGAAAAGUAACCUGUGGUAUAAAGCCAGCAAGCUUUGAGAAAGUUACUGAUCCUGAAAUUAAGGAGAUAAUUGGGGAGUGCAUCUGCAAAAACAAAGAAGAAAGAUAUGAAAUAAAAGAUUUAUUAAGCCAUGCCUUUUUUGCUGAAGAUACUGGGGUAAGAGUGGAACUUGCAGAAGAAGACCAUGGUAGGAAAUCCUCUAUUGCCUUAAGACUCUGGGUAGAAGAUCCUAAGAAACUGAAAGGAAAACCCAAAGAUAAUGGAGCCAUUGAGUUUACUUUUGACCUGGAGAAGGAAACUCCUGAUGAUGUUGCACAAGAAAUGAUUGACUCGGGGUUUUUCCAUGAGAACGAUCUCAAGAUCGUGGCCAAGUCCAUCCGUGACCGCGUGGCGCUGAUUCUCUGGCGGAGGGAGCGCAUUUGGCCCAGGAUGCAGGUGGAGGAGCGCCGUGACUCGGAGGGCGUGGACAAGCUCAAGGCCCCGCAGGCACAGCAGGUCCAGGUCACCUACCUGUCCCACACGGGCCCCCAGAUCCUGUCGGAGCCCGAGGAACCGGAGGCAGACCAGCACCCCUUCCAGCAGAACCUGCCCACCAGUGUCACCUCCGUCGCCUCUGACAGCACGUUUGACAGCGGCCAGGGCUCCACGGUUUAUUCGGACUCACAGAGCAGCCAGCAAAGCGUCAUCUACUCAUCCCUGCCAGACACUGUCCCUCCUGCCAUCCAGAGGGUGUACAGCCCCCCCCUGAGUGAGGGCCAGCCUGUGCCCCACAGCCUUCCCCAGCUCGGCCACUACCAGCAGCCCUCAGCACCCGUCCUGCCCGCGGUGCCAGCUGCACCCGCUGUGGUGCCCCAGCACUACCAGGAGCCGGCGCUGCCAUUCCCCGUGGUCCCCAGCACCGUGGCCCCGCUCCCGCUGGGGCAGCCGCCGCUGCCCGUGCUGGCCAGCCAGCAGCAGCAGCCCAUCUCACAGGCAGCCUCCCUGCAGCAGGUGCUCAGCAGCCAGCCCGUGUGCCCGCUGCCACCAACCCCCCGCCUGCUGCCACCAUUCCCAGCGCAGGGCUCGCAGGUAUCUGCCAGCAGCACCUCCCUGAAGCCCCUGCAGAUCCCCACCGUGCCACAGCUCCCGCCCGUGGCCCCAUCCCAGAUUCCUCAGUUUCCUGUCAUUCCUGCAAUUACUCCUCUGGCAGGGCUUGACAGCCUUCCUCCAAACCUGUCUGACAUCCCUGCUGCAAAUGUGCCCCCCAUUCCUGCUCCCUCCCAGUACUUUGCUCCAGCUGUGAUACUGCCCAGCCUGCCCAUGAACCCCACACUGCCCAUGGCGCCCAACUCCCCUGCCCUGCCCAUGCAGGCUGUCAACCUGCCUCACACCACCGUGGCUUCUCUGGUGCUGCCAUGCCAGCCCAUCGUACCAAACAUGCCGGCAGCCACCAUCCCACUGCUGGCGGUGGCGCCGCCGGGGGUGCCGCCGCUGCCGCCGCAGCCCGUGUUCCAGCCCACCUUCCAGCCGCUGCUGCCUGGCGACGCGCAGAGCUCCCAGCCCGUGGCCCAACCGCCGCCGGCAGCCCUGCAGCCCAGCGUCCUCCACGCUCCCGAGCCAGCUCACCAGCCCAUGCCUGGACACACUCAGUUUGCUCUGGAAGCUGGAGCCCAGGUGCCUGUGCUGCCGGUGCAACCCUCCAUGGUCAUGUCACCGCCGUUGCAGCUGCAGCCGGAGCUGGUGCCGCCCUGCGUCCCUCCCGAUGGAGUUCCCCAGGUCCAUGGCAGCCUUGCCACGACUGCCCCGCCCGUCCCCAUAGAGCCUGGCCUGCCUCUCCAGCCCUCUGCUCUGCUGCAGCUACAGCCUGAUCUUUCCCAACCACUGGGCCAGCAACUCCCAGCUCCCUGCUCGGCUGUCACAGCAGGCGCAGAGACAUCUCAAGAGGAGCAGGCAAUACCAGACAAACUCCAAGCUCUGUCCCAGAAUUGCGAAAGCUACAUGAAUCCAGAUGUUGCUUCUGGUAAAGAGAUGAGUGACAGCUUGGAAGGAGCAACAGGAAGUGGAAAGCAAGAAGGAAAGUCUUCGAAGAAGCAUAAGAAAUCCAUGCGUGCUCGUUCACGCCAGGAGAAGUCCAACAGACCCAAACUGACCAUAUUAAAUGUUUGUAACACAGGGGAUAAGAUGGUGGAGUGCCAGCUGGAAACCCAUAACCACAAAAUGGUGACGUUCAAGUUUGACUUGGAUGGUGAUGCGCCGGAGGAAAUUGCUACUUACAUGGUGGAAAAUGAAUUCAUCUUGCAAAGUGAAAAAGAGACUUUUAUUGAGCAAAUGAAGGAUAUCAUUGAUAAAGCAGAAGAUAUGCUCAGUGAGGAUACAGAAGGAGAGCGAAGUUCUGACCAGGGAACAAGUCCCCAACAAGAUGCUGAUAAGUUGGAAAUGAGUGAAGAGAAGCGUCAGUCUCAAAUGAAGACACCUGUGUAUCAGCAAAAUGUUUUGCAUACUGGAAAAAGAUGGUUUAUUAUAUGUCCAGUGGUGGAAAACCCUUCUACAGAUGCCCCUGAGUUUUCUCCCCCGGUGCCUCCCAGUGCCCAGCAGACAGAAGGGCCAGAGCCAGAGCAGUCGGACGACCAGCUGAUGAGCUCUACAGUGACCGAGGUGCCCGGGGUUGGGGCUGGCCAGCAGCUUCCCCUGCAGACAGGGGUCAGUGACAGCUCCCUUGGAGCCACCCUGUCCUUGGCACCAGCUCCUGCUGCCGCAGCUUCUGCCAACAUUGCAAGCCAGCCAGAGUUCCCAACCCCAACACCACUGGUGUCUGCCCUGAGCAUCGCAGAGCCUGCACUGGCUGGCGGGGGCCAGCCAGAGUGCCCCCAGCCCAGUCCCCCAGCCCCCAGAGCCGUGGGGCUGGAGGAGCCCCCCGACACCCCAGCCCCACACCUGCAGCAGGACAAGCUGGCACGCGUGCCCGACAUAGAGAUGGCCUGUAGCAGCGUGGGGCUGGACGCCAUGGGACUGGAGCAGCAGCAGGUACCGCAGGGACCGUGCUUGCAGGAGGGCGGCCAGCCCAGCACGGGGCCCUUCGGCAGCCAGCCCUUCCCUGCGGCUGCCGGCCCUGAUGCGCUGGCCUUGGUGGGGUCCCAGCUCCAGAGCCCCACGCAGGUGCCGCUGACCGCAUCCCAGCAGCUGACGAUGGCACAGGGUGGCACAGGGAUGGCCGGGGCGGGGGUCAGCCUGCUCCAGCAGCAGAACCCCCCUGGCACCGCCGAGUCCGAUGGCGAGGGACCUCCCAGGGUGGACUUUGUGGACAACACGAUUAAAAGCCUUGAUGAGAAGCUGCGCACUUUGCUGUACCAGGAAUAUAUUCCGACUUCUUCGGCAUCAGCAGGGACGCCAGACACUUCUGUGCUACCUGAGCAGGGUGACAGUGAAUUUACCCUAUCACCCUUUCCUGAAGACCAAAUUCCUGCUGUGGCGUUGGAUGGGAGAGAACCAGGCUACAGUGUCCCGGACACUGGCCAGGAGGUGAAAGCUGCUGCCGAGCUACUGGUGCCCCUCGUGCCUCCAGAGGCCUUGCCCUGCCCACCACUGUUGGACAAACUGGAAGUCUCUGGUGUGAGUGCUCAUCCCUCAGAGGCAAGAGGUGGGUCAGCAGGUGGAACAGGUCCAGCCGCAAGCAUUGCUUCAACUCCUGCUGCUCCAGCAAAAGGCCUCCUUCAGGUUGCACCUCCAUCAUCAGGCACAGUUCCACAGAUGGAAGCUUUCCAGAGGAGCGAGGAGGCAGAGAGGACGGCUUCGCCCGCGCACACCGAGAGUGUGACGCGGCGAGCGGCAGCAGAUGGGGCGAUGAGUAACUUCCACAGGGAUGGCUCUCCAGGGUCUGGUUCCUAUGGAAAACAGGUUGAGGCUCAGGAGAGUGGCACGCCAGCCAAAACUAUUGGCAGGUUUUCAGUCGUCAGCAUGCAGGAUGAAUUAACUUUAGCAGCACCGCACUGCCUGAGGUUCUCGGCGCCCCCGGACGUGUACCUGGACGAGCUGCCCUCCAGCCCGGACAUGAAGGCUGCUGUCCGCAGGGUCCAGACAGCCUCUUCCGUGGACGUGCUGUGCGACCAGGCCUCGAGCGACUCGGCCGACGAGCCCUUCCCGCGGCAGCCGGCAGCUGCUGCUGCACAGCUCUCCCCGCCCAGCAGCAGCACAGCCACGGACUUAAUUAAAAAAGCAGCUGCUUUUCUGCAGAGGUCUGGCAAAGGUGGCUGCCCUGGCCCAGAGUCGCCCAAUGGGCAAGGUGCAAAGAUUCCUACCAUCAACAUCACGUCCUUCCACUCGCAGUCAUCCUACAUGAGCAGUGACAAUGACUCAGAGUUUGAAGAUGCUGAUAUGAAGAAAGAAUUGCAGAACCUGAGAGAAAAGCAUAUGAAAGAGAUUGCUGAGCUGCAGACACAGCAGAAGAAUGAGAUAGAGGCACUGUAUAUUCGGCUGGGGAAACCUCUUCCUCCCAACCUGGGCUUCCUUCAUUCUGCCCCGCCGAGCAGCCGGCGCCGAAGAACCAGCAAAAACAAAUUGAAAGCUGGAAAACUCUUAAACCCUCUUGUCCAGCAGCUCAGGAGUGGAACAUCAAGCACAAGUAACCUUUCAGACUCUAAAGACUCGCCCCACAAAGAGAGCGCUAACUCGCAGCCGGGCUCCCCCGAAGCGGCCGCAGUGCCUCCCGGUGCAGCCCCCGCCGUAGGCAAGGCUGUGCAGACCCAGCAGCCCUGCUCUGUCAAAGCCUCUCUGUCCUCUGACAUCUGCUCCGGCCUGGGCCCUGACGCAGCCGACGCCAACGCAAGCUCUGGCCAAGGCUGGACGGUUUUCCACCAAACGUCUGAGAGAGUGACCUAUAAAUCUAGUAGCAAACCUCGUACCAGAUUCCUCAGUGGACCUGUGUCUUUGUCCAUCUGGUCCACCUUGAAACGACUAUGUCUAGGCAAAGAUCACAGUAGUAGAUCCUCGACCAACAGCCUGGUGACGUGUCCUGAGCCCCUCCCGCAGUCAACACUGCAGGUUCAGGCCAACAACAGUAACAACAAGAAGGGGACGUUCACAGACGACCUGCACAAGCUGGUGGACCAGUGGACGAGCAAAACUGUUGGAGCUGCACAGACAAAACCUUCUUUAAACCAACUGAAGCAGAACCAAAAAAGGCAAGACAUGGAGCCAAAGGCUAACCCCAUGCAAAUGCAGAAUGAGACAUGUGGAGUAAAUUCGGUAAGGACAGGACUGGGGAGCAAGUGCCCCAUUCCAGUGGCUUGCCCCAUGCCCACGGGAUUAGCUCCUGGAGCUGCGCCAUCCCUGCCAGUGCCCGUGCCAGGGCCCGCGCUGGCCGGCGCAGUGACGCCGUACGUGAUGCCUCUGUGUCAGUAUGGAGCUGUGUUCCCUUCGCCCGUGUACGGAGUGCCGUGGCCGGGCCCGGCAGCACGGCCAGGGCUGGUGCCAGCGCCCAGCAUCGUGCGCUUCUCCCCGCUGGGCCGGAGCUGCCUGCGCAUGUACCCGGUGUCACUGCAGCGCCCAGCCCGGCCGCCCAGCCCACGGCUGCGCAUGACCUAGCGCGGCCCUGCCGGGGUGACCUUGACGUGGGUGACUCCGUCGGUGGGUGGCCUUGCCAUGGGUGAGCCCGCCCUGGGUCCCGAAGUCUUGAUGCCAUCACGUUGGAGUGUUUGCUCUGUACAUGCCGUGGUCUGUGUGAGAUGAGGGGGGCCCCGGGCACAGCCAUACCCUACAUCAGCAAUCACUGUGAGGCGGCAUCACCACAGAUCAUUUGUGGUCACGGCAAUAUCUACUCCUGUCCCAUUGCUGAAGACACUUUGUUCCUUGUGUUCUGUUUCACACUGGCAAUCCUUAACAUCAUUGUACUUGAAUUGGUAAUUAGCAAAUUGUACUAACCCUGCAGGAUUUCAGUGCCUUGAAUCUCAGCUUUCCAGUCCCAGCUGGAAAGAGAUGUACAAUUAUUUGAAAGGUGUAUAUUUUAUUUACAAUCUGCUUGUGAGUUGGAGUCCUUUUUAUUUGCAAAAGAUAUCGCCGGUUUACAGUUGAUGUUCCUCAUCAGCUUCAUUCCGCUGUAAAUGCUUUCGUUUUUAUUCACAGGUUGAAUUUUCAUUUCUGAAGCUUUUAGAAAUAAGAAUUGUGACGUGAGGUUUGUUUGACACGUUUGUUUGAUGCACUGAUCGUAAAAUUGUUGGUGUUUGUACAAGGAGUAGUGAAGUGCAUGUUGUAAUGUAGGAGCACUUACAGGGUGAUCCAAGGAAGGUGUAUACGAAGCUAGGGAACAGCUUCAGGCAGCAUUCUCUGUUCUCCUUCCCAGCCUGUGGUAAAGUCGUUGUAGAUGGAGACAGUUCUGUAACAGGCAGCAAAUGGUGUUUUCCUCUGGAUCAGCAGCACACCGGAUUUCAUUUCCUUUCCCUAUGUGGGCUUUUAUAAUUUAGUUAAAUCACAAGCUCAUGUAUGUUCUGUAAGUGAAGACAAGUAAUGGUACCCUUGAUCAUAGCAGAAGGUAUCUACAGGUGGCCGUGAGCCUCGUGUGUGCCUUUGGGCUCUGCUCCAGCCACAGAGCUUGAGGGCUGCAUCUGAGCCCUGGUGUGCCAGCUGUGUUCAUGCCAAAACAGAAUAAAAAUGUGAAGCUGUUCUUUUUCAUAUCUGACACUUCAGGUUUGGAGUCUCACUGCCUUUCUGUUUGGAAUUUUUUUCCUUUAUUUAUUUAUUUAUUUAUUUAUCUUUAUUUUUACCCGAGUUUGCACUCCAGGUGGCACGGAUGCCUUUCUCCUGGUUGAAAGUUGCUUUUUGCCCAUUUUACUGUGCAUAGAGCCUCCACCUGCACCUCAGUGUAAAGGCACACGGUAAUCCCUAGAGCUGGUUUGCCAUGGUAAGUCUCCUUCCCUCCCUGAGCCCGAGGGCCAGUGUUACAAGCACAGGACCUGGGUGUGGCCGCACCCAAGGCCCCACGAUGACAUUAUGUAACCCUCUGCUGAGGGGCAGAGACCUCCUGUGCUGCCAAGCUGUGAAUUGUAUAGUUCUAUUGUACUUUGAGCAUUAUACCUGUCUAAAUUACUUUGUUUGUACCCUUUGAAUAUAUUAUUCCAUCAAUUCUGUUAGAAUUGAAUUUUAUAGACAAUUAUGCAGAGUCUUCUGCCUGGGCAAAAUACUUACUGCAGUAAGAGAUUUCUGUUCUCUGUACCAUGUAUCUUUAAUUUGUUUGGGUUUUUUAGAUUCAUGUCUGUAUGCUUCAUGAGCAAACAUGGAAAAUAUGUUCUCACACCAGGUUCCCUUUGGCUCACACUGAAUCCAACAGUUUAUGUCGCUAUUGCCUGUACAGUCCAUCCCUUGUACACUGACAAAGUCAGUGGCACUAACAGUCCCAAGAAAUUGUAUAGAUUAAAAAGAGAAAUAAACAUUUUGUGCUUGAAAA